AUGCUCGCUCUCCCCCUCGCCGUUGUCCGCGACGUUCCAGCCGUUCUUCAGCACAUCAUACCACGCACUAUGCGCUCCUUCGUCACUUUUGCUCUCCUCGCCACCCUCUUCGUCGUCGACGCCACGCUUGCCCGUCCAUACCGUGAAGCCGCCAUUGGCAGCGACACUGCUCACUUGCGCGAGGUCAACGGCGUCAAGGUCGCUCAGCUCCAGGGACAGACGAUGAUGGCCGCCUCUUCUCGUCGCAGCGAGCCCCUGCCCCGUCUGCUUUCUCAUCGCAGCGAGGUGACAUUGCCAAACGGUCGUCGUCCUGCAGACUUGGGAGCAGAUGACUGGACGAAGGUCCCCCGCGGCGACGAACCUUCCAUUGAUGACGAGGAUCUCGAUUACGGUCUGGACAAACGCCACGAUCGCGUCGACUCGGGCGAGGCAGCAAACGAGGCAUCUUGCAAUGUAGGCGAAGCUCAAUGCUGCCAGAGCAUCCACCAGAGCAACGAUCGCAACGGACAGUUCCUUCGCUCUCUACUCGGUCUGGCUUUGCCUGCUGGAGGAGGCAUGCUUGGUGCUCAGUGUACGCCACUGGCCAACUUGCUCGCCGUUACUGGAAGCAGCACCUGUCGUUCGCAGCCCGUCUGCUGCACUGGCAACGAGUAUCGUGGUCUUGUCGCUGUCGGAUGUAGCCCCAUUUCCGCAUGA